AUGGCACCCAAGAAACCUGAAAUCGAGUACAUUCACUUGCCAGCCCUUCAUGCCCUCAAACAACGACAACAGCAAAAAUGUCAGCCACAAGCAUAUGACAGCCUUCAAAAGCUAGCUCAAGGUGCUUUGAAAAAAGGACCAUUCAGUAUCACAUUUGAGAAGAGUGAACCUCAUAUCGCUGCCUCGGGUGAUAAACGAGAUUUUCUAAGCUAUGCUCCCUAUUUUUGGCCGUCGGAUAAGGACAAGGAUAAAUAUGUGCGUCGUGAUGGCAAACGCAAUCCUGACUGCAACUUGGUUAAAGAUCAAUCACAGCUGGAAGCCUUUGCUGAAAACGUUACAUACCUUUGCAUGGGAUAUUACUUGUUGGGAAGAGAGGUUUACGUUAAUCAUGCUAUGAAGCUCAUUGAUACAUUCCUGGUGAACGAAGAAACACGCAUGAAUCCAAACGUUGACUAUGGCCAAGUCAUCCGUGGAAAAGACAACCCAACAGGAAAAGGACGUGGAGAAGGCAUCAUGAGUACAAGAGCACUUGCUCGUGUUGCCAACGUCCUCCCCCUCAUUGUUACCUCGCCUGCCGUGGCAUCUAUUGCACCAGCUGUUCGAACGUGGUUUUCCGAAUAUCUUAGAUGGCUGUUAGAGAGUGAUAUUGGCAAGGAGGAAGCAGCCAAGAAAAACAACCAUUUGACUUGGUAUCUUGUACAAGUAGCUAUGAUCCAGCAAUUCUUGGGCGAUGAACAAGCGGCACGACAAACCAUUGAGAAUUUCUUUGUCAAUGUAUUUCCCAAGCAGGUGGAUGAAAAAGGUGAUCAGCCGCAUGAAAGCAGUCGCACAAAACCUUUUCAUUAUCUUGGAUUCAAUCUGCAUGCUGCCAUCUUUCUAGCUGAGUUGGGAUUGGAUAUCGGCUAUGAUGCGUAUCAGGCGAACCCGUACCUUACCAACGCAACAAAGUACAUGAUCAGCACAUGUCAACUACAUGACCCAAAAGAAGACCCUACGGGAGCAGUGAGAACAGUAGAAAUCGUCGCAAGUCGCUGUGGAGGCGAUCCAUCAUACUGUGAAUUCAUUGAUACAGCCAAAAGUUGCAAGUAUUCCGAAAACAUUGAUGGCCCAAAACAUGCGCUUUGCCGUUUGUGGUGCCCAGAGCCCGUGCUCGAGCAAAACAAUCAAGCCCCUUCAGCCAUUCAAGAUAAUCAACCCUCUUCAACACCACAAAGAAACGACAACUCUAUUAGCAACAAUGACAAUCAAAAUAGAAGUGGAAGCAACAAGAGUGUAAAAGGAUUCAUCAAACAGCUGUUCCAUCACAAUAAUUAG